CUCUCUCUCUCUCUCUCUCUCCUGGGGGUUCAGUGUUGCUUUGCGCAGGUUUUGACCGUCACCCGUCACGUACCGCGGAUGGCAGGGAGAGACCUGAUGCUCCCUGUACCCAGAAGUCCCGCCGUGCGGCCCUGAUUUGUUAUUUAUGCUCUUGCUGGAACCGGACUGACCCAUUUCGGGGCUGUGCGGACUGGACACCGAAGGACGCGGUUCCGGGGGGGAGGGUGAAUCCUGAAGUGGCCUCGUCAAGGCUCCGAGCCCGGCGUGUUUAUUGUGGACAAGGACGCACUUCAAGCCGGCGACGGCAGGAGUGUCUGGUGAUGAGAUCUGCUGGCGGUUUUUCCCUGUUCCUUUUUGAAUUAGACAAAUUAGACUCAAAUAAGGGACCAGAAGAACCUCUUUUGAUGGACUGUUGAGUCUCCGGUGGAUUAUCCGCUUCCUGUGGAGGACCAAACAUUGGACGUCUGUCGACCAAGGAGGUCAGCUUGUUAUUCUGCGUGAUCAGCCUUAGCUGUGUCCGGAUACACUCACGGGCAGCGUCGUUGGCCUCGAAUCCCGAGUAUCAGGUUAUAUCUGUCUGAUCCACCUGGGUAAGGCUACACCAAGACCAGGAGGGUGGCAUUGAAAUACACUGCAGCUCAACAACCGGCCCCCCGGGUUAGAACCACAAGUCGAAGGCAAGGAACAACGUCCAGACAACACAAAACAAAACACCAAACAACAGCCUGGCUGGGAUCCAUUUUUCCCCUUCACAAGGCCUGGACCGUCUGCCACAGGUGACUGCACAGCUAUUGGCUACUCAAUAAUGCAUUGACUCGAACACAGGAGGGAAAGAAAAAAAAAAGGGGGGAAAGUGUGCGAGCUUCCGAUCCUCUGAAAAGAAGGUGGAUGACUGUCAGGACAGAGAGAAAGUCGCCGAUUGCUUCUGGACAAUCGAGGAGUCGUGACACGGGAAAACAGUGAAGCAGAUGUUGAAGAGAAAAAGGAAAAGAGACGAAAAAUGGCAGCUGACAAAGUGAAACUAGGGAGAGGAACUCAGGAGGCUUGACCCAAGACAAUAGGCAGACAAGUAAAUCCAAGCAGUGGACUUUGAGGAACAAAAGGAGGAUUGCAACAAGAUCUCGCCACAGACGCGACUGCCGUAUUAUCAGAUAUUGGUAAUAGUCUAGCAAGUCUAAAGAAAGUGUCGUCACCAUGGUGAACACCGGCAUGCAGCUGAUCAGCUUCACGUGCGCGGUGACCGGCUGGAUCAUGGCGAUCGCCGUCACCGCCCUGCCCCAGUGGAAGGUCUCGGCCUUCAUCGGCAGCAACAUCCUGACCUCGGAGAUCAAGUGGGAGGGCAUCUGGAUGAACUGCAUCUACCAGACCACCGGCCACAUGCAGUGCAAGACGUACGACUCCAUGCUGGCGCUGCCGCCGGACAUCCAGGCGGCCCGCGCCCUCAUGUGCGUGGCCAUCUUCAUGGGCUGGCUCUCCUGCACCGUGUCCUGCUGCGGCAUGAAGUGCACCACGUGCGCCGGGGACGACCGGCGGGCCAAGGCCGGCAUCGCGCUCGCCGGCGGCCUCCUCUUCAUCCUCACGGGCCUGUGCGUCCUGAUCCCGGUCUCCUGGACGGCCAACACCGUCGUGCAGGAUUUCUACAACCCCAACGUACCGCUGAUGCACAAACGGGAGCUGGGUCAGGCGAUCUACCUGGGCUGGGCGUCCGCCGUCAUACUCAUGAUCAGCGGGGCGGUGCUGAGCAGCACCUGCCCCCUCAUGGAGAGGGACGGCCGGUACCGCAGGGGCUACGCAGGCCGGAGCUUCGCUAAUUCACCCGCCUCGGCACCAGACCCCCCGAAACCCAUCACAUCCAACAGUCUCCCGAUGAAGGAGUAUGUAUAGGAGGAGGACGGUGGAGAGAUGUUUGUCUCUGGUUCUUUUCCCAAAUUUACUGUCCCAGGUUUGAGGUCUGUGACAUUUAACCUACAAAUUGAGAUCUAUAUAUUUAUUAUAUUCAACCUAUAUUUUGGUCAGUUUGUUUAUCUCUUUGUAAUGUUAAACCCUGACUUCAGUACUGAAGAAAAACAUUCACACUUGUUUGAAAUUUGACUUUGACUGCACUGUGAUUUAUUUAUGGGAAUGCCUGAAGAAAGCCCCGUUGCCCGUCAUUGUCAAAUCCACAGCGUUCGCAAAAAAAAAAAAGAGUACGAUUGUUAAGGCGGCUUUAAUGAUGGCUUGUGUUGUGGGGAAUGCAGUGAUAUAUUUUUUUUUGAUCAGUUAUUCUUUGACAGUGUCAUUACCUCUUGAUCGGACACGUGAAGCCUCGACUGAGAUUUGCAUACCGGUACAUGAAAAAUGUGAAAUAAAAUAAGUUUGGUAAAGUG